UUACCGCCCUGCCCGAUUGAACUUCCAAGAAAGAUUUUGUUUCGCCUUGCUCGUCAAACAGGGAAAGCUAAGGGGUCUAACCUAAAGCUUUUAAGGAACCAUCGUUUAAAUAUGCCGCUGCGAGUUGUAAUGCAAGGUCCCGGACCUUGGGGCUUUAGGCUGGUCGGUGGGAAAGAUUUCGAGCAGCCCCUCACUAUUUCACGGGUGACCCCUGGAAGUAAAGCUGCGCAGGCCAACCUUUGUAUUGGGGAUAUGAUCCUUGCCAUUGAUGGGGAACCAACUGAAGGCAUGACUCACUUGGAAGCACAGAACAAGAUCAAAAGCUGUGUAGAAGAAAUGAUCCUCUCCAUUGACAGAUCUGAAUCUAAAAUGUGGUCUCCUCUUGUUGCUGAAGAGGGGAAAACCCAUCCAUACAAGAUGAAUCUGGCAUCAGAACCACAGGAAGUGAAACACAUAGGCUCUGCUCACAACAGGAGUGCCCUUCCUUUCAAUUCACCUGGUUCUAAGGUGGUUACUAGCCAGUACAACAAUCCUGCAGGCUUGUACUCUUCUGAGAACAUCAAGAGCUUUAACAGCACUCUUGAUGGUGUCAAGACUGUUGCCACAUCUAGCGAAUCCAGUAAUAUCCCAGAACCUCCAAGAACUGGCCAGCCAAGACCACCAAUUGCCGCCGACUCUGAGGUCUACAAAAUGCUGAAGGAAAACCAAGAGACAGAUGAGCCUCCACGCCAGUCUGCAUCAUUCAAAGUCUUGCAGGAGAUCCUUGAGACUGGUGAUUCUGACAAACCUUCUGGCUUUAGAAGCGUGAAAGCUCCUACUACAAAAAUUGCUUCUUCUGUGGGCAGUGCUGAGAAACUCAACGUGUGUGACAAAUGUGGCUCGGGGAUUGUGGGAAUGAUUGUCAAGCUCCGAGAUAAAUUCCGACACCCUGAGUGCUAUGUCUGCACGGACUGCGGGAUAAAUCUAAAACAAAAGGGGCACUUUUUUGUUGAGGACAAGAUUUACUGUGAGAAGCAUGCACGUGAACGGGUGACUCCACCUGAAGGCUAUGAUGUCGUCACAGUCUUCCCAAAGUAGAGCCUUCUCCAAAGCUGCUUCAGAAUUGCACAUUUUCCCUGUUCUGGGGAAUUCCCCACAGGACAUUUCCAUCACUUCAUUUGGAUAGUUUUCCAGAAGCUUUUAUUGGAAUGUUUUGAGGGGGAAAAAAACAAAAACGCUUAUCUGUUCAACUUGAGGCUCUGUGGAUGUCGAUGGCAGUAUUUGGUUAUUCUCUCCACAUCGUAUUUCUUCGGUGACUAUCCAUAUGAAGUGGUACUUGCAUCAAACAUUCCUGUAUCGUAGUCAUUCCAUAUGUAAAGUAGUAAAAAGAAACAGCGGUGCAUUUGUGACAGAACUACAAAAGCUGAGACUCAAAAAGACAAAAUACCUAACGUUUUUGCACUUGGACAUUGAUUGUGUGAAUAACUUACUGUAGUGAAUAUUGACCUUUUGGCACAUUUACUAUAUCUCAAGUUUUACCACUUUAUUUUGGCCUUCCAUAAGGAUGAAGGGACCAACUGUUCUCAUCUUACUGGAAAAGUGAAAUGUUAUCAUCUCUAAAUAUGAGCGACAUCACAGGACGCUCUAUAGUCUCUAAAUUGGUUAAUUAGGGACUGGUUGUUUUAUGUAAAGUAUUAUCUCCCACUGGCUUUGCUGCAGCAUUUGUAAUAAAUAUGAUGGAACAAAUAAUCUUUUUUUAUGACCACCAUGUACAGCCUGCAUAACUUGUUUCAAUAAAUAAAUGUUUACAUAAACACA